AUGGCGCUCAAUGCCUCCUCACACAACGUCGCCGGCGAGAAGACGGGGCCCACCACGGCUCCCCCGCCAGCCAUCAGCGACGACAUCAAGAAGGACUUGCUAGAGGCGGCCGGCGCCGACGCCACAGGCCAAAGUGCCCCCGGCCGCGAGAACGAAAAGGGCGAAGAGAAGAAGGAGAAGAGCGCAAAGGAGCUCGAGAAGGAGCGCAAGAAGGCAGAAAAGGACGCCAAGUUCAAGGCGAAGAAGGCGGCCGCAGCCACAGCUCCUGGGGCUGCCAAGGACGGUGGUGCCGCCAAAGAGAAGAAGAAGAAGGGCAAGGAGGAGGAGCAGCUGCCCAAGUAUGUCGAGGAGACACCCAAGGGCGAGAAGAAGCGCCUGAGGAGCUUGGAGGAUCCUUUCACCAAGGCAUACAUCCCCAAGGUCGUCGAGUCGGCGUGGUAUGACUGGUGGAAGGAGGAGGGCUUCUUCAAGCCCGAGUUCCAGGCGGACGGCAACGUCAAGCCAGCCGGAAACUUCGUCAUCCCCAUCCCACCCCCGAACGUCACAGGCAAACUGCACUGCGGACACGCCCUGGCCACAUCGCUGCAAGACGUCCUUAUCCGAUGGCAUCGCAUGAAGGGCUUCACCACACUAUACGUGCCUGGAUGCGAUCACGCUGGUAUCGCCACACAGAGCGUUGUUGAGAAGAUGCUCUGGCGGCGGGAGAAGAAGACGAGGUACGACCUUGGCCGACCUGCGUUCCUGCAACGAACAAUGGAGUGGAAGGAGGAGUAUCACCAGCAUCUCACACAUACGUUGAACCGCAUGGGUGGCUCCUUCGACUGGACUCGCGAGGCCUUCACCAUGGACGAGAACUGCUCGAACGCCGUGACUGAAGCCUUUGUCAAGAUGCACGAGGACGGUCUGAUAUACCGCUCAAACCGACUUGUCAACUGGUGCACGCAGCUCAACACAGCGCUGUCCACCCUUGAAGUUGACAACAAGGAGCUCACGGGUAGAACCGUGCUCUCUGUGCCCGGAUACGAGCGCAAGGUUGAGUUCGGUGUCCUUGUACACUUCAAGUACCCUAUCGAGGGCACAGAUGACUUCGUCGAGGUCGCUACUACGCGUGUAGAGACCAUGCUCGGCGACUCUGGUAUUGCUGUCCAUCCCAAUGACGAGCGCUACAAGCACCUGGUCGGAAAGAACGCCAAACAUCCUUUCAUCGACCGCCUGCUACCUAUUGUUGCAGAUGAAUACGUGGAUCCUGAAUUCGGUACUGGUGCUGUCAAGCUGACUCCCGCUCACGACCCGAACGAUUUCAACCUAGGCAAGAAGCACAACCUCGCUUUCAUCAACGUGCUCAACGACAACGGUACCUUGAACAAGAACACCGGGAAGUUUGAAGGCCAAAAGCGAUUCGAUGCCCGAUACACUGUUGUUGAAGAACUCGAGAAGGCAGGUCUCUUUGUCAAGAAGGAGGACAACCCCAUGAAGGUGCCAGUCUGCUCAAGGUCAGGAGACAUUAUUGAGCCAAUCAUGAAGCCUCAAUGGUGGAUGAAGAUGGAAGGCUUGGCUAAACCUGCCGUGGAAGCAGUCCAAAAGGGCGACAUCAAGAUUCGGCCAGCCACGUCUGAGAAGGUCUACAUGCACUGGCUGAACAACAUUCAAGACUGGUGUUUGUCCCGACAGCUGUGGUGGGGUCACCAGAUCCCUGCCUACUUUGUCAAUGUCGAGGGUGAAGACAACGACCGGUCGGCCAACGACCUCUGGAUCACCGGACGGACAGAGGAGGAGGCACAGAAGAAGGCGGCAGAGAAGUUCCCUGGAAAGAAGUUCACUCUGGAGCGGGAUGAGGACGUGCUCGACACAUGGUUCUCAUCUGGUCUCUGGCCUUUCGAGACUCUCGGAUGGCCAAAGCAGACCGCAGAUCUGGACAAGCUCUUCCCCACAUCUGUGCUAGAGACAGGUUGGGAUAUUCUUUUCUUCUGGGUCGCCAGGAUGAUCAUGCUUUCGCUACAUCUGACUGGCAAGGUCCCUUUUAAGGAGGUCUACUGCCAUUCGUUGAUCCGCGACUCGGAAGGCAGAAAGAUGUCGAAGUCACUCGGUAAUGUCAUCGAUCCCGUUGACAUCAUGGACGGUAUCACUCUGCAAAAGCUGAACGACCAACUGCAAGCGGGUAACCUAGAUCCUAAGGAGUUGAAGACUGCCGAGAAGUACCAGAAGACGUCGUUCCCUCAAGGUAUCCCGGAGUGUGGUGCUGAUGCCCUGCGCAUGGCACUUGUCGGAUACACAACCGGUGGAGGUGAUAUCUCGUUUGAUGUCUCUGUUAUUCACGGCUACAGGAAGUUCUGUAACAAGAUCUACCAAGCAACAAAAUACGUACUUGGCCGACUAGGAGACUUCACUCCUCGUGCUAAGGUCACAAAGUCUGGAAAGGAGUCCCUGCCCGAGCGAUGGAUCCUACACAAGCUUACAUCCUCUGCUAAGAAGAUCAACCAGCACUUGGAAGCGCGCGAGUUCUCGCUUGCAACGCAGGUUGCCUACAAGUACUUCUACGAGUUCCUGUGUGACACAUAUAUCGAGAACAGCAAGGCAAUCUUCGAUGAUGGCAGUGACGAGCAGAGAGAGAGCGCCAAGCAGACCCUCUACACUGCCAUUGAGGGCGGUCUGACCAUGAUCCACCCAUUCAUGCCCUUCUUGACCGAGGAGCUCUGGCAGCGUCUGCCACGACGAGAAGGCGACAAGACAAAAUCCAUCACCAUUGCCGCAUAUCCACAAUUCAUUGAGGAGUUUAGCGACGAGACUGCCGAGACCGAAUACGAGCUGCUCGUAGACUGCUCAAAGGGUCUUCGCUCCCUCGUAGCCGAAUACGCCAUCAAGGAGAACGCAACAACUUUCAUCCAGCCCCUCAACGACGCGACACAUACCUCCCUUUCGGCUGACACAUCUCUCCCCUCAAUCCGAUCCCUCGCCGGAAAAUCCGUCUCCAAUAUUACUAUUCUCGCGCCCUCGGAUCCUGCGCCGACGGGUUGCGCUGUGUACACUAUUGGCUCCACGGCAACGGCGUACCUCGACGUCAAGGGCCGCAUCGAGAUCGACAAGGAGAUCACCAAGGCUCAGGAUAGGCUCAAGAAGGCGACUGAGACGAUUGAGAAGCAGAAGCAGAUUAUGGAUGUUGACUGGGAGGGUAAGGUCAGCGAUGUUGUCAAGGAGCAAGAAAAGGAGAAGCUGAAGGGUGCUGAGAUCGAGGCGAGGAACUGGCAGGCGAGUAUCGAGCAGUUCCAUAGCUUGAAGUUGGAGUAG